AAAUAAAUAAUGCCCAAGAUUAUACCAUAAUUGCUAGAGUCAGUUGGCUUAACAAAGUGAAGAAAAAGUCACAAUAUAAUAAUAGUGAGCCUAUUUCUUUAAAAAUUCUCUCUGAGUCUAAUGACUCAAAUAAUCAAACUUUAGUUGUUAAAACUAAUGAAUAUAGUGAGGAUGAAUAUGAAUCAUCUGAUGAUAAACUAGAAGAAUCCAAAAGAUUUUUAGUUAUAGAAAAUUCUGAUGAAAAACCUAUACUUGAAAUCAAUAAUACCCAAGUUAAAUACCAAAAUGAAUCUUUUGAUAACUAUAACUUUUACUCUGAGCAAGCCAGUGAUCCUUGA